AUGGCGCCUCCUUCCUAUGGCGGAAGCGCCUCGGGGUCGUCUAGCCGCGUUUCAUCGUCCAUGCCCUCUCGACACCAUCGGGUCCAGCCAGCGCCGCGCAUUCCACCUCCACCGCUCAUCCCUCCAACGAUCACAGAUGCUCUAUCGCAGCUACCACCGCCUUCUCUCUGGCCGGGCCUGGCGCUGCAAUACCUUGUCAUUGAUCCUCUCCUUGCCUUGCUGGACAACAUUACCGCUCUCAUCUUGUCUCCCAAGACGCAUCGUUUGGUUCUCCGUCUUAGCGUGCUGGGAGGAAUCUGGACGACUGCAGUAGCGCUCGCCAUAGCUGGGUAUGUUGGCUUUUACAGAGCCUGGGUUCCGCAUAUAGGUCACUCUUACGACGUAUGGCUGCAAUAUGGCAAGGAGGCGAUUCCUUCAGCCGACGUUGACUUGGCCAGAAUCAUGAGGGGCCAGUCAUUCGCUCGCGACCAAGAGUACGAUGUCAGCGUCGAUCUCGCCGUGCCUCUCAGUGCUGCAAACUUGGAUCUUGGUGAGCAAAGUUUUGAGCUCGGCGGCUGGCGUGAGCACUGAUCGUGAACCCCUCUUUUCCAGGCAAUUUCAUGGUCUCCAUCGAUCUCUUUUCGGCAGAUGAUGCACAAGCCUACUCCAUCGCUCGUCCUGUGAGCUCCGGUCCACGGCGCGCCAAGGCACGAAGCCUUUGACUGACCUUGUUUCCCUUUCACUCAGGCACUUAUCACCUACAAUCCAGCGCCCAUGCGUGUUCUCCAGAAUGUGGCUCAUUCACUCACACGGCAAAAUUCACUCGCUUUGCCGCUUUCCACGAAUCCCACUGCACUCUUUACCGUGCCUCUGCUGCGACGAGCUAUCCUCUCUCCCGCUUCAUCUUCGCAUCCCUUCACGCCGUCUCCUGCUCAAGUAGUCAAGGCCAAGGUAAAGAUAGGAAGAGAAGACGCAGACAAGUAUUGGAGGUAUGGUGGAGGCCACGGCGUGGGUGGGCUGAGGACGGAUAUCGGUCCCGGAAAAGUCCUUGGCGUGACGGAAGGCUUCAGAAGUAGAGGGGAGCUUCAGACAUCCGCUGUCAGCUUGCGAAUCGACGCGCACUUGACAGGCCUGAGGUGAGCAUAUCGCUCUGCCAACGACGAUCGCACUGCUCUGACUGAAGCUAGUGCUCCCACCUCUUUCAGAUGGUUCAUGUAUCAUCGACCCGUCCUUUCAUUCGUCCUUUUCACGUCGCUUUUUCUCGCUUUUGAGCUCGUCUCGGCACUCACGCUAUGGGCGCUCGCAGCGCUGUACACUUCUAACCUGGUUGCAAUGCCGAAUCUAGCGGUGGAGGAGAACUACGUGGACCGCCAGCGUCGCCGGAGACGUCGAGGAGGGAAUAGCAGCAGCGCGGAGGAUACUGCGCUCGGCAACGGCGCCACCACGGCGGGCACGACCGACGGACUGACUCCGGGAGGCGUGUACGACGAGUCGACAAGUCCGCUCGACGACGACGCGGGCAGCGGCGGAGAGACGGAGACGGAAGCUCGGAACCGCGCCAGAACUCUGUUGCAAGCGCGCGAACAGCGCAGCCGAGCGAGUCUAAGAGCGCUGGACGAGCGCGAAGCAGCAGAGUCGAGGAGGGCAGAAGCGAUGAGGGAUUUUGCGGAGGGGAGACGAAUGACUGGCGUGCCUUCAUUGACGCACGAAGAGGAGAGGCUGCAAGCCGAGCGAGAACAGCAGGCUUUGCUCGCCGAGAGGGAAUUGGAGCUGGAGAUGGGAAGCCGACGUGUGCUUGGAAGGCUAGACGAAGAGACUGAAGAAGAGACGGAUGUGGGUGGCAGCGAAGGGUAUGGACAGGGACGCGAGGGAGAGCAGGAUGAGCAGUCUGGUUCGGGAAAUGCCUGGGAAGAAAUCGACGCGGAAGAGGAGAGCGAAGAGAUGGAUGCUGAGGAGCAAAGGCGAGAGGGGCUGAGAAGGCGCGCCGCAAAGAGCUCCGAGGAGCAAGGAAGGGAGAGCACAGUUUCUGGAGUGAGUAGCGGAGCAGGCGCCUUACGCGCAAACAGCUGACACGUAAAACCCACGCCCACUCGCGUAGUCUGCCACGUCAAGAGCAUCCUCUGUCACUUCAUUCGGCCCGAGCAUGGCAUCGUCUUCAAGAGGAACCUCGCUCGCCCCAUCGACGGCGGGGGCAGGUCCUUCUGGUGCGCGUGCCUCUGCUACACCAACGCCAAGGGGAUCCUCGCAGCCUAUCAAGGAGGAGCCCGAGGACGAUCUUAGCACGAGCGGUAGUGGGACUGGAAGUGGAACCAGCAUCGGCGACGGGACUGACGCAGACGCAGCGUCGCGAUGA